AUGUACGAUCUCAAGAAUUUCACCAUACGAAUAGCAUCUCCCGAGCAAAAGCUGGGACAUGCGAGAGCAUGCUACGAGAUUGAACCUUGGAGAGGUGGGAUGACAUGGGAUGAAUUCGUUGCAUUCUGCGAAACGGAGUCCAGAUGUGACUGGGCCAAGAACAAUCGUGCCAUAACCUGGGUUCUGGUGAAACGGGAUGAAUAUGAUGGUGAAUGCUACUCUUUCGUUGAGACUCAUCGAAUGGACUGUUUUAUCAAAUCCCGAUAUGACCAAUCAAAUGGAGUGAAAGGUGAAAUCAAAAAAGAUACUUGGUAUAAUCUGACGGCUGUAGUGACACCUAUCCGACACCGAUAUAUGUUGACUGACACUAUAUUAGGAAAUGGAUAUGCGACACAUUUAAUCCAGUUAUUGCAUUACGUUCUAAUAUCACCUUCUUCGCCAGGUGAUCCACCUUCCCAUGUCCCAUCUUUCCCAAUUGAACAAUGGGGUGAACCUCCUCUUCCCAUUUCAGAAGAUCUCUUGGACUUGAUACCAAAAGGUUGUGCUAGUGUACUCUGGGCUGAUAUACCAAUUGAGUUCUACGCAAAGUGCAAGAUUGGUCUGGAUGGUAAAGGAUACAAUUACGACCCAACAGAAAAUACUAGACUUACAUGGUCAAUCUCGCAUAUCCCUGCUCCUAUCACCGUCAACAAUCAAGUGAAAUCGCACAAGUGGGAACCAAUUCAUAACGAUUCAUUAAAGGGGAUUAGUAACAUGCUUUCUGAAGUAGCGCAGGAGUAA